AUGUCCACCCAGCAACUCGUUGUGAGCGGCGAAGAGAAAGAUCAGCUCGUCAUGCUGUUGAGCACGCUGGAAAGCAAUGGAGUGCCACUCAGAACUGUCGAUGAUUUGAAAAUUCUCCUGAACACCAUACGAUCCUUGAAAACGGAUCCCCCUGUUCCACCUGUCCCGAUCGUUCCAACCGUCACACAACUGGAACCGCAAAUUCAAACGGAGCAUCAACCGCAACUACAACUAAACUGGCAAACGCAAUUUCCGGGUAUUGAAAGCCAGGUCAGCUCAAUUUUUUUCAGUCUUGUAUUCUGAUGGAAUAAUUUUGGGCUUGGGGGCGACCACUCAAUGUGGGAGAGCGGGCGGGCUUCUAUUCUAAGAUUUAUGUGAAACUCGUGUAAAGCUGGAACAAAUUUAGGUACUGACGCUGCCACAAAUCGGGCAACCCGAACAAUUGUCUCAACUGAUACCAGCUGCGCCGAAUUUCAACAUCGAUCCGAGCACGACAAACUCUCUGUGGGGUAGCAAUUACCAGCAGGUGCAGCCGACAAACGCGAUGCGACACCACACGGUAAUUACGCGUAAAGCAAAAAAAGAAAUAUCUGACGAGCACGGAAAGUCGUGACAAUUUUCAGGAGCCUACAGCCGGACUCCUCAAGGCUCGACCAAUAACUCAGAGAUCGAAGAACAAGAAUCCCAAAAAAGAGUCCGAGGCGCCGGCAAGAACGUUCGACAGUUCCGGAUUCCACACUUUCCUCGAGGCUUUCCAAAAAAGUCGCAAGAAGAUCAUCAUUGACCAGGAUGCAGUGGAGAAGUUGUCGGACGUCAGUUUCCCAAUGUCAUUUUAGACAUAAAAUCGUAAUUCUAGGUGCUCACUAUCCAAGACGACUCGGUGAUCAUCAGAAGAUCGAAUCCAGUCAGUCCUGAAGCAGAAGUUCGCAAUUCGGAUGUAAGACCUGGAAACGAGACCUUGCUGAUAACGCUCAAUUUUUUUCAGACAGCGGUAACUAAUGAAAGUGCACGCGCAAAGUCCGACUAG